AUGACAGGCCUGGACCCGGACAAGGAGGAGAUCAUCGAGAUCUUCUGCCUCAUCACCGACGGCCAGCUCAACCUGCUCGACGAGGCCGGCUGGGGCGCGGUGGUGCACCAGCCGGCGGAGCGCAUGGCGCAGAUGGACGAGUGGUGCACGCGCACCCACGCCGCCACGGGCCUGACGGCCGCCGUCGCCGCCUCGACCGCGACCCCGGAGCAGGCCGCCGCCGGCCUGCUGGCGUACGUCAGGCGGCACGUCCCCGCGGCGCGGACGGCCCUGCUGGCGGGCAACAGCGUGCACGCGGACAGGGCCUUCCUGCGCAGGGCCCCCUACGCGCGCGUGCUCGACCACCUGCACUACCGCAUCCUCGACGUCAGCAGCCUCAAGGAGGCCGCGCGGCGGUGGGCGCCGGCCGAGGUGGUGCUGCGGGCGCCGGCCAAGAUGGGGAGGCACCGGGCGCGCGAGGACAUCCUGGAGAGCAUCGCCGAGGCCAGGUACUACAAGGAGGCCAUCUUCUCCGCGGGGGCCAAGGGUGCCGCGUAG